AUGACCGGGACAAGUGAAGACACCGUAGAUCUUGGUGCUGUGCUAGUUGCAAUAGCACCUUACAUUGUUCUUUGUCCUGAUACGUUCUCCUUCGUCCUUUACCUCAUCUCCUUCUUGUUCGGCAUAUUCGCAUUCAACUCCCUGCACACAGAAGACUUCGACCUUUUUGACGGUUACGAUUUUUUGGUCAUUACGGGUCUGCUGUCUCUCGACCGGCAGAGUGCCUUUGCGAGCUUCCAGGCCAUAAUGCCGAUGGUGAUCUGGAGUGCGACUGUGCUACUACCACUUGUGCAUUGGCUGGUUAAGAAGAUUUCUCCAGCGAUGUAUGUACGCUAUAGACGGAUGCGGAAAUCGCAGGCGCAUGAAUUCCGGAGAAUAAUGGGUCGAGGCGAAAGAGUGGGCAAUGUCGAGGCUGGGGGGGGGGGGGAGUCUGUAGGAAGAGAAGAGGCGGAAAGAAUUAACGAGGAGACACCACUGAGAAGAGACGAGAGGAAGACAUAA